UGUCGGCGCUGAUCGUUGUUGAUUUUUCAUAUCCAGUCAGUCUUGCGCAACCUCCCGGACUGAAAACCAUCUAUAAGACUACGUCAGAAGUGUCUUUUAACCGACUGCUCGAGAAGAAAGCUGAGACAAUAUGUUAAACUAAGGAUGCCCCACAGACUGUUCAUUUGAUACCCACCGUUACAUAGGACAAGUACUCUUCACAUUAUGGGAAGCAAAGUGAGUUCAAGACGCAAUAGUCAGUCUUCCGAAGGAAGGAAGAAGCGGCGCGAAUCCCAUGGGAGAGAUUCCCUUACUCCGAUGGAUGAGAGUGGAGCUCAUGGCCGAUAUUCAAGUGCUCCUUCCAGCCGUUCCACAAGCCAACCAGCUAGUAGAGAUGUCACGCCCAAAGGAUCUCCCAGGCCUCGAACAGCCAAACGUGUUCUUGAAGAAGGAAACCAAAGUCAAUCCAGACCUGAACUUGACCUAAUGAUCAGCUACAGUCACAGUGAUAAAGUCAUGAUGAACAAACUGAAAGAUGCUUUAGAAAGGAAUGGGUUAAAGGUGUGGGUGGACGUGGUAGGGCUAGGCGUUGGUGUGGACUUUCUAAGUAAGAUAGGACAGGCCAUCAUUGAUUCCAAGUUGUUCCUCUCACUGUUGAGUGAGAAGUCUGUGGAGAGUAAGUACUGUCAGGAUGAACUGGCGUUGGCAUACAUCUCCAACAAACCCAUCAUACCUGUGGGACUGGCAGACAGGAAGACUCUCAUAUCCUUGAUGGACACAGGAAUGCGUCUCCAGCUAGCCGGGUUUCGUUGGAACAUGUUUCUGGAUGAAGCUGAGUUUGACGAGGACUUUAAGCGGUUGCUAGGGGUGAUCCAGGAUGCUCUGGAGAAACUCAACACUGAGGAAGAGACGGAGAAAGCUGAGAGAGAGACUAAGGAAAAGGACCAGGCUGACAAAGAGAAACCUCCAUUGAAGAGACAAACCACAAGAUACCAGUUCUACACCAAGUCUAAUGCAUUAGCGGAGCGAGUGGAACUGACGCAGAGCCAGGAACAGAUGCCAGACAAAUUCUGGCAACAGCACUUUGGACAAAAACAAAAUGUGGAUUACAAUGAAUUUGUUGACCGUGUCCGGGAAGAGUACCGAGCAGAGCUGGAUGAGAUGUACAGUGAAUCAGACCAACUCUGGCUCAUGAAUUUGGUCCGCAGGGAAAUGGAGGUGGAGGAAGACAAUCUGUUACUGAAAGACUAUUUCAUCAGUUUCUGCACUGUUGACGGAAUGCUGUGCCCCUUGUGGGUCCGUCUGGAGGAUCAGGCAAGGGAGAGUUACGCCAUGAGGGAGGUGUUUGACAUGGAGUCUUCUGUGAGGGUUGAGGCCAUUGAAAACUUGAGUAAAUUCAAGAGUCUGGCUGUGAUAGAUGCGUUGAAAGAUCUGCUGGAUGACCAUGAGCCCAACGUGAGAACCGUGGCCGCUGUGUCGCUGGCCAAGACGGGGGCACAGGACAAACAGACACUGAAGAAGCUGAUGAAGACGCUGAAUGACAAGGAUCGUCUGGUACGGGAGGCUGGAUGCAUCGCCCUGGGGAGAUUGAAGGCGGAGCAUGCUGUCCCAAGACUCGUCCAUAUUUGGCGUAAUGAUGUGAUAUCGUCUGUACGUGAUGCGGCAGGACUGGCUCUAGAACAGAUUGGGGGACCCCAGGCCGAGAAAGCAAUGCAGAUUACCAAGAUAUUAGCUGAAGAGAUUCGUAUGUUAGCUCAGUCAUCCUAAACGUGUCUGAGGUGAAUACAAAGGUCACAUGAAAAGAGCAUGAUCUGACAACUUCAGUGUGAUUCUCUAUGUAUAUUUUUUAGAUGUUUUCCAUGAAUAUUGAGAGUAAUUCAGCGCUCAGUAACCUUCUGACCAAUUGUGAGUAAAGUUCUAGUUUGUCCUAUGGAUAAAUGUAAGAAUAGAGUUGAUAUGUUAACUGGCCAUGUGACUUUCUGGUUUGGAGUUGUAUUUGUUAAAUAUUGAAGAAAAAAAAAAAAAGAAGUUUUACAUUUUGUAAAAGAAAGUUUUACAAAUGAGGGUACAUGUUAUAUUCAGUGCAGUC